UUAACCCUGCCCUGUCAGAGAGAGAGGGUUUAGCUUAAAUUUCUGUGCGACUCAUCAGAUCUUCUGGCUUUCCAGCCGUGGAACCAAGGUGACCCUGAGUCCGUCAGCAGAAACAGUUCCCCCGACGCAGUGACCGGCUGGAGCCCAGGGACGAGCUGCUGGACGGCGGCGAGAUUCCAGGAGGAAGGGUUGGGGUAGGGGUGAGGGGGGUAGAGGGGAAACAAAUUCCACCCGGUUCCCUCCCCGCUGAAGCUCCACCCCGGCAGACUGGGGGGCGCGUGCGUGUAGGAGGGCCGUCGUCCGGUGGCUGAGGGAGGAGGCGGCGGGGAGCUUCCCUCCGCCUGGCGCCAUGGGCUAGCUGGGCGACCACCAUGGCAGUGACUCAGAUCAGACUGGGGCUGUGGUUCUGGGAGCAGAGACUGCACCGGUUCACCUGCAGCUUCCGCAGGUUCCCUCUGGGCUUCCGACCGGAGACUGGCACCGCCACGGCGUGCCAGGUCCUCGUGCCCUUCCUGCUGGCAGGACUCGGAUUGGUGGCCGCUGGACUCGUCAUCGACACGGCACAACACUGGCCGGUCUUCAAGGCUAUCUCAGAGAUCUUCAUCCUGGCCCCUGCCUUGGUGGGACUGAAGGGGAACCUGGAGAUGACCUUGGCCUCCCGGCUGUCAACGGCGGCGAACACCGGUAAACUGGACAGUUCCAGUGACAGGUGGACCAUGGUGACCUGCAACCUGGCGCUGAUUCAGGUCCAGGCCACGGUGGUGGGUUUCCUGGCGGCUGUGGCAGCAGUGAUCCUGGGAUCGUUCUCCAGGGGCCACGUCGACCUGGCCCAGGCAGCCCUGCUGUGUGCAAGCAGCACCUGCACUGCGUUCAUUGCCGCACUCUCGCUGGGACUGGUGAUGAUUGCCGUGAUCCUUGGCUCCAGGAAGGUGGGCAUAAACCCGGAUAACGUGGCCACGCCGAUUGCAGCCAGUCUGGGGGACCUCACCACCCUCUCGUUGCUGGCGGUGAUCAGCAGCACCUUGUACCGGCACCUGGGCACGGUCUACAUCGCACCCACGCUGUGCAGCCUCUUCAUCGCCGUGAUCCCCGUCUGGGUGGUGAUUGCCAGACGGAGUCCGCAGAUCCGCGAGGUGCUGAAGUCCGGCUGGCAGCCUGUCCUCAUCGCCAUGGUGAUCAGUAGUUUCGGAGGUCUGAUCCUGGACAAGAUGAUCACGAAUCCAAAGUUUGAGGGUAUGGCUGUGUUCACUCCUGUCAUUAACGGUGUUGGGGGCAACCUCGUGGCGAUCCAGGCCAGCCGCAUCUCGACCUACCUGCACCAGUGCAGUGUGCCAGGCGUUCUGCCCCAGAGCAUGCAGGAGCUGUGCCCCAGUGUGUGCACCACUUUCACCCGCUCAGGUAUGAACUCGACAUCAGCCCGGGUGCUGCUCUUGUUGGUGGUCCCGGGACACCUGUUCUUCAUCCUCACCAUACAGUUCGUCCGAGCUGGACACAUGGCCAUCAACCUCACCUUCACCGUCUUCUACCUCGCCGCCGCCCUGCUGCAGGUAUUCCUCCUGCUCUACGCCGCUGACCUGCUGGUCCGACUGACGUGGAGCCUGAGAUUGGACCCUGACAACUUCUCCAUCCCCUACCUCACCGCACUCGGCGACCUGCUGGGCACCGGUUUCCUGGCCCUCUGCUUCCACGCCGUGCUGUCCAUCGGGAACUGGGUCUGAAGCCAGACUGAACUCUGUGCGGAGACACUCGGGACAGUGGGAGAGGCAGCUGGUGGCCGAGACUGAGCAACAUGGAACCUAUCUCACUGUGCCCCCUGCCUACCCCUCACCACACAACGUGCUGGUCAGCGUGGUCUGUGCCAGGCUGCUGAAUAUUCCCAGGACACAGGGGACCUCACCAUUGCCCAGGAUGAAACCCCACAGAGACAGGCUGUCCGGCCCCUCUACACUCUGUGUGUUCUGCCCCACACCCAACGUCCCCACCACUCACACCCUGCUCCUGCACACCCAUUUCUGCUCUUUGCCUUGCCCUCUGUGUGGGAAGCCAGCCCACAUUCCACAGAAAGCAGCUUCACCAGAAUUCCUGAAGGGAUUUAUUAGUGCCUACCUCUGCAUGAGGCCCCCAUCGCUCACCAAAGGGGUAACUUCACCACAGCUCAUCCCAUCAAACCCAUGAGGAGGUUCUGAAAGGUACUGAGCUCUUCUCAGCCAAUUCUAGACUUCCAGUUCUGGUACCACAUUAGUAAACACUUUCUGCACCUUCUCAUGUGCCUUGUCAGAAUUAUUAAUCUGCCAGAACUGUUCAGA